UUCCGCCCACCUCCCAUCCCCGGUAUAAAUACUGUGCUCGCUACGAAGGUCAACAGUAGACUUGUAGCGAAGCUGACGGAGUGAUUUAAAUCAUAAACGAGAUAAAACCAGGAUGUGGAACAUCAGGUCAAGGUUUUCCUCAGCUUGUGCUGUUGUAUUAUUGAGUCUCCUCGUGUCGUCUGCUGCCACUGAUUCGUACUUCGACAAGACCAGUCUAGACAAUGAUUCUGAAUAUAAGGUGGGCAAAGCAUCAAUCAAGGUUGAGAAUGAGAACACAAUUUAUCCAGUGGCUGAGUACGAAGACCUCGGACGUGCUGGAGAGGAUCCCAGAAAAAGUCUGAUGGAGAACAUGAUGGAAUACACUGAGAGGCUCACUGAUGCCGAGGACAGACGCCCAUCUCCGAAAGUCGAAGCCAAGUAUCCGAGCUGGUCUGAACUCGCCGGUCUGAAGGAUGUAGGCAUCAAGAAGUGGGUGACGGCGCUCAGCAACAACGUCAGUUCCAAACUGUUACCGAAGAAUCGCCGUCAACUGAAGUGGAGGAAGGGCACCACUGUUGUCUGCUACCUGAAGCUGUGUUCCUUCAAGCAACCUUUCUGAGAGCAAAGUUCAUCCGGGGUCUACAACAGCCAACAUGCGUUCAGACCGAAGAUUCGCCGAGUCACUAUUUCCGUGAUGUUGCAUCUGUUGCUCGUAGGACAAUUGAUUUUAAAUCCAAUUUUAUUAGAUGCUUAAUUUUCUUUUUCCCUGAUUUUCUCUUGAAUUAAUUAGUAGUUCUAGAAUUGUGUUAAUAAAAUUUAUUAAAUAAAGAGUUUAUGAUGUUA